AUGCAACGGUUAGCACAGGUGUGUGCCUCCGCCCUCCAAAAGGUGGACAUGAAGGUUCCAGAGGCGGAAUUAAUGAGCGAUAUUCUGAAGCGGCUGACGGGGGAGUCGGCGCUGCCGUUUUACAGCAGCAUCGAGAAGUUCAAGCGGGGCAGAGACGGCGUGUAUUUCGUUGCCGAAGACUUCCACGAAACGGUUAAAAAAAGGGAACUGGUCAACGCCAAGGAACGACAAAGGAUCAGGAACCUGAACACCAUGUUCUCCCGCCUGAAGCGCAUGGUGCCUCUGAUGCAGCCAGACCGAAAGCCCAGUAAAGUGGACACGCUGAAGGCGGCCACCGAGUACAUCCGGCUGCUCCUGGCUGUCCUGCGGGACACUGAGAAUAAUGAGGCCAACGGGACCGAUUUCCUGAAGAAUGCCAUCGCUUUUGGUCAGACCGAGGCUCUGGGCAGCGAGCUUUGGAGGAUGGACGAGUUGCUGAACAUGUCGGAGGAGCACAUUGAGGAUGGAUUUAGCAUUCCUCCAGAGGCCAUAACGGAGGAUGGAGACAUGACCAGGCUGAUGUUCCAGCACUGUGUGCUGCCCACGUACCAGUUCAUCAUCCAAGUCGCUCCGGAUCAGACUUCGCAGUUGUCUCAACCUUGCUGAGUGUUGAACAGACGGUUGGAUCAACGUGGGGAACCUGCCAGGUACCAACUGUUAAGGGGAUUUAUCCCAGUAGAAUACAGACUUUUCAUUUGAUUAUCUGACUUUUUUUUAAUCAAUUGACAAAAGUUCUUAUUUUCAGUCUGACCUUCGUCGCCCUUAAAUGAAAUGUAGAAGAUGGGCCUGUUUUUGUAAGGUUUUUUUUCUCCUUUUUACGUCAAAGGCAAACAGCUGGCUACACAUCUGUCAAACACCCUGACUGAACCUACUGUUUCAUUAUGCAAACAGGAACUCAUGAACUGCAACAGAUUAUUUCCUUUGAAGAAAGCAGCAAACAAAUAUGUUCAGAAACUUUGAAUUUUUGGUUAAUUUCAUUGCCCUUCUGUCACUUUGCUGUUCUUAUUUCAAUAUUAACAUAGACCUUAUCAAAAAAUGUGUUUGUGUGGGCUCAUUAAAUUUGACUCCAGUGCUGUUCAAUGGGUUUUUCCUUCAUGGAUGACUUAUCAUUUUAGUCAGUUUUUUAUUUUUCUCAAGGUAUUAAAAAGUAAAUUUUUCAUCAAACAUGUUUAUUGAAGGAUCCCUUUAGAUGUCCUAAUGAAAUGCUUAAUGUUACAGUGAACAUAUGUGACAUUUAACAUACUGCACAAACAGAACUGUCCAGAAUCUUUUUCUAAUAUUCAUGCUAUUUAUUCCCUUUUCUCACUCCUGCUCAUUCAACCCCCUGAUUAAUCUUGGUCCAUCUCA